UCCCUCCUCCCUCUUUCUCACUUCAUUCCAAUUGAAUCAUCUUGAUCAUUUUGGGAAAAUCUCCGAAUUUUAAUUGUUCUUGAAACCCCAACCCUACUCUACAAUUCCCAAAAUUCGCUUUUAUUUCUAUUGUAUCAUCGCCGAGAAAUCUAGUCACUUAAUUUUGAUCUCCAUAGAUCGUGUGCAAUUACAAGAAUUGCCAUCAUUUUUGAGGAAAUUGUAAGAGGGUAGUUAAAGAAAGAAAAGAAAAAGCAAGAAUUAUCUGAUCAGAAAAAAGAAUGUCGACUUCACAAGGAGAUUUUAAUCCAAAAAUCGAUUAUGUCUUUAAGGUGGUAUUAAUUGGGGAUUCAGCUGUAGGGAAAUCCCAGCUUUUAGCUCGAUUUUCGAGGAACGAAUUUAGUGUUGAUGCGAAAGCAACAAUAGGUGUUGAAUUUCAAACAAAAACGCUUAUUAUUGAUCAGAAGAUCGUUAAGGCUCAGAUUUGGGAUACUGCUGGUCAAGAAAGGUAUCGAGCUGUAACAAGUGCAUAUUACAGAGGAGCGGCAGGAGCAAUGUUGGUAUAUGAUAUGACAAAGCGGCUAUCAUUUGAUCACAUGGUAAGAUGGCUUGAAGAACUGAGAGGGCAUGCCGAUAAUAACAUCAUUAUCAUGCUCAUCGGCAACAAAUGUGAUCUGGGUUCUCUUCGGGCAGUUCCAGCCGAAGAUGCAAAAGAAUUUGCCGAAAGAGAGAAUCUCUUCUUCAUGGAGACUUCUGCAUUAGAAUCUACCAAUGUCGAGACUGCUUUCUUCACUAUUCUAACUGAGAUAUAUCGAUCAGUCAGCAAGAAAACGCUUUCCGGGGGUGAAUGUGAUCUUCAGAGUAAUGCAUCACUUCUUAGAGGAACCCAGAUUAUUGUUCCAGGCUCUGAAGCUAAUCGAGCAAAACGAGGUUGUUGUACUUAAUGUGUUGACAUAGGUGGUUUCAGGCAUGUUCAAUAUGUCUGAUCUUACAAGCUUCCUAGAAUAAGAGAUCUCAAAUACAUUAGUUUUCUUUAGUGUUGCUUUAGUAUAGUUACUGAAAAGCAAAAAAAUCGAACAAAUUAUAGUACAUUUUUACUCUGCCUCUGUAUAGUGCGAACGCAACAAAACCGGAGGUUAUAUAGGAAGGUGAUGCUAAAGCAAUCAUCGAUGUGAUUGAAAGAAUUAGUUUGUAAUGCCUGUAUAGAUCUUUAACAAGCUUCAUAGAGGUGAUGACUGAUGAGAUUUUC